UUUCAUCUCACUAGUUGGUGUUGGCAGAGACGACACUUGUGACAUUGAUGGCCGCUGUAGCUGCCAACCAAAUCAAAGAAAGAAAGUCAAAUCCACUAAUGAAAUGCUUUCUAUACUAGCUCUACCUCAACACAAAACAUGCUGCAAGUGCAACAGAACCGGCUCUUCAAUCAUUCAUUUUCGUAUAUAAUAAUAAUGGAAAAACGAGUAGAAUGUUGCCGUCUUCCUUUCAGUUUUGACCAGUAAACAAAAAUCGUUGUUUCCCGCGUCACACAACUCAGUCACAACACACAACAACAACUAUUAUUCUUUUCUUCAUCCCUUCCUUCCUGUUUUCUUCCCCACCACUUCUUCUUCUCUUUCCCCUAACCACUCCCCCCAAACACCACCACCACCACCAUGUCCCUCAUCUUCCUCCUCCUCUUCUCACCCUUCUCCCUCUCCCUCUCCCAAACCCCACCACCACCACCCAGAGGUUUCCUCAUCAACUGUGGGGCCCCCUCCGCGACCCAAAUCGACGGCCGUUCAUGGCUUUCCGAUUCCGGAUUCAUCUCCACCGGAACACCCAAAAACGUGACCUCCCCUGUUCUGAUCCCCACUCUCAAAACCCUCCGAUCCUUCCCUUUAAACAUCAAGAAGCACUGCUACAAUAAUAUUCACGUGUUUCGCGGCUCAAAGUACCUGGUGCGGUCUACGUAUUUCUACGGCGGAGUCAACGGCCCCGAUCACCCUUCGCCGCCGGUGUUUGACCAGAUCGUCGAUGGGACCUUGUGGACUGUGGUCAACACGACUGCGGAUUAUGUCAACGGGAACUCUACGUUCUAUGAAGGGGUUUUCUUAGCUAAGGGGAAGUUCAUGACCUUCUGUAUCGGCUCGAACAAUCGCACCGAAUCUGACCCGUUUAUCUCUUCUUUGGAGUUUUUGAUUCUCGGUGAUUCCCUCUACAACACCACCGAUUUCAACAAUUUUUCCAUGACCUUGGUUGCCAGGAACAGUUUUGGCUACUCUGGAUUACCCAUUCGAUAUCCUGAUGAUCGGUUUGACCGUAUCUGGGAGCCAUUAGGCCAGAGUAAUUCAACCAAAGCAAGCACUGCCAAUGUUUCUGUUUCUGAUUUUUGGAACCUUCCACCUUCAAAAGUAUUUGAGACACAUCUAGGGUCUGACCAAUUGGAGGAAUUGCAAAUGAGAUGGCCUGCAGUAUCACUUCCAAGCUCCAAAUACUAUGUCGCUUUAUACUUUGCUGACAACACUGGCGGAUCAAGGAUUUUUAACGUAAGUGUAAACGGUGUAACUUAUUACCGCAAUUUGAAUGCGAUCCCAUCAGGUGUUGUUGUCUUUGCCAACCAGUGGCCUCUUUCUGGUCAUACAACAGUAACUUUAACCCCUGCUGCUAGCUCAUCAUUGGGCCCCUUGAUCAAUGCUGGUGAAAUAUUUGAUGUGCGGUCACUUGGAGGAACAACUUCGAUCCGAGAUGUUAUUGCUUUGGUAAAAGUAAAGGAGAGCCUCCGGAAUCCUCCACUUGAUUGGAGUGGUGAUCCUUGUAUGCCUCGGCAGUACUCAUGGACUGGUAUCACAUGCUCUGAAGGACCCCGGAUCCGUGUAGUGACUUUAAACUUGACAAAUAUGAAUCUUUCAGGAUCUUUAUCACCUUUUGUUGCCAAUAUGACUGCCCUGGCAAACAUCUGGCUUGGGAAUAACAGUUUGUCAGGACAGAUACCUGAACUCAGUUCACUAACGUUGUUGGAGACAUUGCACUUGGAAGACAAUCAAUUCACUGGAGAGAUUCCCUCAUCCUUAGGGAACAUCAGCACCUUACAUGAAGUAUUUUUACAAAAUAACAAUUUGACCGGUCAAAUUCCAGCAAAUCUCAUUGGAAAACCAGGACUGAGUCUCAGCACUUCCGGAAAUAAUUUCUUAUCACCUCCUGCACCUUGAGGGAUUUUCCAUAUUUGGGGUGAAGACUUUCCCUUUGUCAAGAAAUUUUCAUUCUUUUUGUGCUGAUUUUGGUGGAAAUUUUCAUUAUCAACUCGUCAACAGAAGAUCAAACUUCAUUUCAGCAUUCUCUUGCUGGAGAACAUGCAGAUUUAUUGUUUUAACUUGGAGCGUACUUUCAGAUUGGUUGAAAAUAUUCUUUCAAGUUUGACUCUCAGUUCCUUGAAAGAUGGAAUGUUGGUUGAACUUGUAUAUUAUAUAUAUCCUUGUAUAGGCAUCCUUUAUUAUUAUGUUUGGAUAAAUUUAGAAGUCAAUUCAUGUC